GCUCGUCAUGAGGACAUCAUUUCCACGUUCCUCUCCUUACCGUGUAAACACUUGACUUAUCUUUCGUGAAUCCUUCAAGAACCUAGGAGAGGGGAAGAGCGACGAAAUAGCUGCGUAUUCAUUUUAGUUGUUCCCUUCUUCGGAAAAUAUCUACGUUACUCUGCGGUCAUGGCGGCCAGCGCCCCUGCCUCGUCUCGGUCUGCUGGAAACCAGAAAACACCAGGAUCAUUCUGUCUUGGGAGGCAUACCCUUCGUAUUCCUAUGGAACUUCAUGCUUUGAACAGAAAGAGGCUGUGUGAACGACUCAGAGAGAAAGUCCCUGAAAAUGCCGUUGUAUUGCUGAUGGGUGGAGAAAGUUGCUCUCGUGAUUCCUCUGAUGUUUUCCCUGUGUUCAGGCAGGAGUCUUACUUUCAUUGGGCUUUUGGAGUCUUGGAGCCUGAUUGCUAUGGUGCCAUUGAAGUGUCAACUGGGAAGGCAACAUUAUUCUUCCCCAAGCUCCAUGAAUCAUUUGCCAUCUGGGAUGGGAGGAUCAAGCCCAUGGAAGAAUUUCGCACUCACUAUGAAGUGGAUGGAGCCCUUCAAGUGCAUGAGGUUUGUUGCAACCUCUUAAUUUCUCAACUGUGUAGAUAUGAUAAUUUUGUGGACUUGUUUCAGUAUGGACUGAAUACUGAUAGUGGGAAGUAUACCAAGGAAGCUGUGUUUGAUGGGAUUGGAAAGUUCAAGGUGGACAGGAAUUCUCUGUAUCCAGAGAUAGCAGAAUGGUGUAUAUAUGUGGAUGAAACAUUACCAGUCUCUUGUAUUUUAAUGGUUUUCAGUCGUGUCAUCAAGACUUCACAGGAGUUGAGGGUGCUGCGCUAUGCAGCACGGGUGUCCACCAAUGCCCACAUAGAGGUGAUGAAACGUGCUCGACCUGGGAUGAAGGAAUACCAAUUGGAGGCCCUCUUCAUGUAUAACUGCUACUACUUUGGUGGCUGUAGACAUGUUGCGUAUACAUGCAUCUGUGGAACUGGGUCAAAUGCAGCCAUUCUUCAUUAUGGCGGAGCUCAUGCUCCAAACGAUCGCUCUGUCAAUGAUGGGGACAUUUGCCUCUUGGACAUGGGAGGAGAGUAUUACUGUUAUGCUUCUGAUAUUACCUGCUCAUUUCCUAUUAAUGGAAAGUUCACUCCUGAUCAGAAGCUUAUCUACAAUGCUGUACUGAAAGCAAAUCGAGCUGUGAUUGCUGCCAUCAAACCAGGUGUGGACUGGGUAGAAAUGCACAAGCUUGCCAACAAGAUCAUUCUUGAGGAACUGAUCAAGAUUGGUAUCCUCAAAGGUGACAUCAAUGAAAUGAUCCAGGCCAAUCUGGCAGGAUAUUUCAUGCCUCAUGGUCUGGGGCACCUCCUUGGUUGUGAUGUCCAUGAUGUUGGAGGUUACUUGGAAGGAUGUCCUCCACGCCCCGAGGGGCUGGGCUUGGGGAAUCUCCGCACAGCUCGUGUCCUGCAGGCCAACAUGGUUGUCACUGUGGAACCAGGCUGCUAUUUUAUUGAUACACUUUUGGAUCGUGCUCUGGCCACUCCAAACCUGGCAAGCUUCAUCAACCCAGAUGUGUUGGCUCGGUUCCGUGGAUUUGGAGGGGUGAGAAUUGAAGAUGAUGUCAUCGUCACUGAAACUGGUGCUGAAAACAUGUCCCAAGUCCCACGCACAGUUGAGGAAAUUGAAGCAGUUAUGGCAGAGGGACAAAAUAGUCUUGAAGUCCCUGUGCCUGAGCUGCUGGCUCUUGGCAAAGCAGUUGACCUUAUUCCUUCUGAAUGAAGCUGUAUUAUGCCAAAGCAGGCAUUCUAUAGGUGCCUUCAUUGGUUUUUACCAUACAUGAAAUCCUGGUUUUAUAUAACCGCAUGGGUCAAUAGUUCAUACUGGGUAUUUGCUUUUAUAUGUCAGAGCACCCUACCCCAUUAGGGCAAAUGUUAAUGCAUUCAUGCCAAGCAGAUGUAACAUCAACUUCAGAGGCACUAUCAGAGGAGCAGAAAUGUUCUGAAAUCCCUGGCAUCUUGCCUUUCCCUGAGAAAUCACUAUUACCUUAAUGUUCAAUUAUGAAGAGGUCUGCUUUCAGUAUUCAAAGAAGCUAUGUAUUCUGCCUCAAGUUAUACCUGUUGACAUUGAAUUUCAAUUAAAAUAGGGAGUGGUAAUUGGAACAGAAUUCAGGUUCUUAUGGGUAGCUUUUGCAAAAUGAAUUUCUGGCUGAUGCAGACAGGCAUGCUAAAUGAAAAACUCCUUCCUGAAAAAUCAGGUGCUUCCCCAAGUAUAAGGACACAUGGCUUUCAGGAUGAGCAGAGUAAUAAUGUUAUGUAAACCCCUUUGACUCUUUUAUUUUUUCAUUUUGGUAAUCUUGAGCCCUGAAAAAUACGGUGAGAGGGGAAGUGUGAAGUUUAUUGAUCCUUUGCCAAAUUGAGCAGAUCUCUGGAUUUGGCCAGAGACUCCAAGUUUUAGGGAAUUUCCUUUGGCUCUGGGUACAAAGUGACUCUGAUGGGUGGAAAUCCAGUCAUUCAUAAUUCUAUCCAUCUAUUCAUGACACAGCUACUAUAUAUGUUAUAAUAACAACUACUGUAAAUGCAUCUAAAAAAGAACUACAGUUACACAUCCUGCAGUUUGAAGCUAUGUUCUAGCCUGCUGCAUAUCCUAUCCUGCUUACCCAAAUGAAUCUGAUUGGAUUCAGUGUGCAAUAGCAAACAUGGACCCUUUCACUAAUUUUUUUCUUCCUCUCAAUCCUGUUUACUCCUUGUCUUGAAGUGUCUUCCAGGUCUUAGUUACUACUCCACUAUUUUCAUACAAUGAAGGAGGUGUUGCCUCCAGUCAUGUUUUUCUAUCAUAAAGUAUGCACAUGCCUUCUUUGCAGCACUUGACCAGAUGGGUCAAGUGCUCCAGUGGGCAGAACUUAGUCCUUCCCCAUAUUAGAAAAAUUUUAUUGGCAGAUGGGCAUUGCUGGCUGUGCCUUGCAUUCUUUUGAUAUGAUGUAACUUUUCUAUGAUCUUUUGUUAAGAAAUGAAGCUAUUCUAGUCAUUCCAGAGCAAGAUUUGUAGUUCUUCUAAUUUCCAGUACCUCCAGUAAUUGCAUUUGUAUUUUUAUGCCUGCCCU